GCGUCCCGGGUCCCCGCGCCGCGACCUGCAGACCCCGCCGCCGCGCUCGGGCCCGGCUCCCACGCCCCCGCCGCCCCGCGCGCCCAACUCCGCCGGCCGCCCCGCCCCGCGCGCUCCAGACCCCCGGGGCGGCUGCCGGGAGAGAUGCUGGAAGAAACUUCUUAAAUGACCGCGUCUGGCUGGCCGUGGAGCCUUUCUGGGUUGGGGAGAGGAAAGGAAAGUGGAAAAAACCUGAGAACUUCCUGAUCUCUCUCGCUGUGAGACAUGUCUGAGACUCCUGCUCAGUGUAGCAUUAAGCAGGAACGAAUUUCAUAUACACCUCCAGAGAGCCCAGUGCCGAGUUACGCUUCCUCGACGCCACUUCAUGUUCCAGUGCCUCGAGCGCUCAGGAUGGAGGAAGACUCGAUCCGCCUGCCUGCGCACCUGCGUUCUGGGGAUUAGGACACGGACAUUUCUAUUUGGCAGCCAGCAUUCAGCCCUCUCCAGUCACUGAGCUACACAGAAUGAAAAGCACCUUUGAAGAAUCGUAAGCCAUGAAUGAUGACGGGCCGAAGGGAGUGAGGGCUCCUACCUCUUGUCACUCCUACCAUCCUGCCUCCAGGACCCCUGCCACCUACUUGGGAGUCUGCCCUUAAAACUCAAGGGUCACCUGACUCAUUCCUCCCCACUCAUUCAUCUGACUGCCCACCAAAGCUAAGUGUGAACAGCCUGUAUUGAUUUAUCAUUUUCCUUUUGCCUGCUUCCUCUGGUACAGAGAUCUUCAUGCUUUCAUCCAAACGAAUGAAUAAUGUAAAAUCCCAGGUGGGGUGACAGAGCCAAGGAGAAAAGUGUUCUGCAGCAAGGGAGGGCCUCCCAGUAUGAGUCUUGGAGUCUCAGAUAAGCCCAGGGACAAAGCAUGAGACAUCCAGUUACAUAUCUGUGGCCCUGGAAGGGGAGACGGGGUUCGCUUUGUGGUGGUGUUUAGCUUUCCUGACUCCAAGUGACCAUCUUAAGCCAGGGGAUUAGUAACCUUUACAACUCUAAUACUAGGGAAUAUGUUAAUAACUGGUGAGAAAAAAGAUUACAGCUUUUUUAUUGAUAGGUCUAUAAAAGCCAUUUCCCUAUGAAUGUCCUCAGAAAGGAGGAAUAAGGGGAUGAGAUAGAAUAGAAUAGAGAGAAGUCUGUCACACACACACACACACACACACACACACACACGCAACACAAUUAUCUUUAAAUAGAAGUUGCUUCUCCAAGUUUGUUUUUUUUUGUUUGUUUGUUUCAUGAGGCGUCAGCAACGCUGUUAAAAUGAUUUCAUCCUGCCUGUGUGUCACAGCAGUCUGCCCCGCGAAAUGCUGAAUCAGCAGCAGCCCAGACAGCCUUUCGGUGGAGGGUAGAUUCGACACCCAAAGGCAACCAACCGGGCCUUUGAAAGCACUUGGAAGCACUCUCCAAAGAGCCAGGGAAGAGGACAAGGAAGAAGGGGGUGCAGUGGAAUUCUCCUUAAAAAACAGCAUCUUCUAGAAAAGCCAUGCUUUGGAGGUGUUGUAGGCUUGCAGCCAAUUUACUGGAGCAGGGAUGACGUAGCCCAGUGGCUCAAGUGGGCUGAAAAUGAGUUUUCUUUAAGGCCAAUUGACAGCAACACGUUUGAAAUGAAUGGCAAAGCUCUCCUGCUGCUGACCAAAGAGGACUUCCGCUAUCGAUCUCCUCAUUCAGGUGAUGUGCUCUAUGAACUCCUUCAGCAUAUUCUGAAGCAGAGGAAACCUCGGAUUCUUUUUUCACCAUUCUUCCACCCUGGAAACUCUAUACACACACAGCCGGAGGUCAUACUGCAUCAGAACCAUGAAGAAGAUAACUGUGUCCAGAGGACCCCCAGGCCAUCCGUGGAUAAUGUGCACCAUAACCCUCCCACCAUUGAACUGUUGCACCGCUCCAGGUCACCUAUCACGACAAAUCACCGGCCUUCUCCUGACCCCGAGCACCGGCCCCUCCGGUCCCCCCUGGACAACAUGAUCCGCCGCCUCUCCCCAGCUGAGAGAGCUCAGGGACCCAGGCCGCACCAGGAGAACAACCACCAGGAGUCCUACCCUCUGUCAGUGUCUCCCAUGGAGAAUAAUCACUGCCCAGCGUCCUCCGAGUCCCACCCGAAGCCAUCCAGCCCCCGGCAGGAGAGCACACGCGUGAUCCAGCUGAUGCCCAGCCCCAUCAUGCACCCUCUGAUCCUGAACCCCCGGCACUCCGUGGAUUUCAAACAAUCCAGGCUCUCCGAGGACGGGCUGCAUAGGGAAGGGAAGCCCAUCAACCUCUCUCAUCGGGAAGACCUGGCUUACAUGAACCACAUCAUGGUCUCUGUCUCCCCGCCUGAAGAGCACGCCAUGCCCAUUGGGAGAAUAGCAGACUGUAGACUGCUUUGGGAUUACGUCUAUCAGUUGCUUUCUGACAGCCGGUACGAAAACUUCAUCCGAUGGGAGGACAAAGAAUCCAAAAUAUUCCGGAUAGUGGAUCCCAACGGACUGGCUCGACUGUGGGGAAACCAUAAGAACAGAACAAACAUGACCUAUGAGAAAAUGUCCAGAGCCCUGCGCCACUACUACAAACUAAACAUUAUCAGGAAGGAGCCAGGACAAAGGCUUUUGUUCAGGUUUAUGAAAACCCCAGAUGAAAUCAUGAGUGGCCGAACAGACCGUCUGGAGCACCUAGAGUCCCAGGAGCUGGAUGAACAAAUAUACCAAGAAGAUGAAUGCUGAAGGAACCAACAGUCCACCUCAGCGGGCCAGCAGCCCAGGGAACCCCUGCCCACCAGGAUUGCUGGAAGUGUGACAGAGCAGGCGGGCUGAGGAGAGUGGAAAAGGAAGCGACCCAGAAAUGGCAGGGACACUUCUCUUGCAGACCAAGAGGGACCCUGGAGCACCUUAGACAAACUACCCAGCACAGGUGGGGCUGGAAUUCUGGCGGAGGGCAUGAGCCUGGGACUCCAUGUCACGUUUCCUUCUGAUUUGGAAUCUCUCCAUCUGUAAUUCCUCACCCUCACCCUUCCACCGUUGUUAGUUUCAUGGUGUUUUUGUUUUUGUUUUUGUUUUAAGAACCUGCAGUUUGACUCUUCAUCGUUCAUCUAGGGGAAGACAUCUGAUGUUGUUUUCCUAUGGAAAUAUAUAUCUAUUAUAUAUA